UUCGUCGCCAUGGAGACAGCGUCAGGGCCUGUGGGAGCCGGAGGAGGCGCGGUUGCCCCAGGGGGCCCUCGCCCCGCCCGGAUGCGGGGCAGGGUGGCCUGGUAACCGGGCGGGGCCCAGCCGCCGGGGCCGAACAGGGACGACGCCUUGGGCAGCUAACAGAAUGAAGAUGAACUCCAAUGACAGCAGCGAAUCAGAGAAUGAUACUGAGGAAGAGGAGGAGGAAGAAGAGUUUGCAGAUGAACACAUUAAGAGACUAGGUGGAGGAAGUAAAGAUAUGCGGCAGGAUGGCACACCUCAGGAGGGAGCUUUUGAGACAGAGGACACGUGCCUAGGGCACAAGAGUAAACACAGUUCAGGUGGGAAAAGUGAUCUGGCAACGGUCUCACUGAUCGAUCUGAAAGAACAAAUGGCAGAAGACUGUGAAGCAGAGACCACUCCAAGAAAGAAAAAGAGAAAACACAGGCUGCUGUCUAUCAACCUGACCAACUGCAAGUAUGAGAGCGUGCGGCGUGCUGCCCGACACUGUGGUCUAAAAGAAGUGGGGGAGGAUGAGGAGUGGACGGUGUACUGGACUGACUGCUCGGUCUCUCUGGAGCGUGUCAUGGAAAUGAAGAGGUUUCAGAAAAUCAACCAUUUCCCGGGGAUGACAGAGAUCUGCCGGAAGGACCUGCUGGCCCGCAACCUCAACCGUAUGCUCAAACUCUUCCCCAAAGAGUACAGCAUCUUCCCCCGCACCUGGUGCCUGCCUGCUGACUAUGGGGAUUUCCAGGCCUACGGGCGCAUGAGGAAAAACAGGACGUACAUCUGCAAGCCAGACAGUGGCUGCCAAGGGAGGGGCAUCUUCAUAACCCGCAACCCAAAGGAGAUUAAACACGGGGAGCACCUGAUCUGCCAGCAGUACAUAUCUAAGCCCUUCCUUAUUGAUGGCUUCAAAUUUGACCUGCGUAUCUACGUCCUGGUCACAUCCUGUGACCCCCUGAAGAUUUUUGUCUAUGAGGAAGGGCUGGCCCGGUUUGCCACCAUGAGGUACAUCGAGCCCAGCAGCAGCAACCUGGUAAAGAAGGAUGAUAUCUGCAUGCACCUGACCAACUAUGCUAUCAACAAACAUAAUGAAAACUUCAUCCGAGACGACAUGAUGGGCAGUAAGAGGAAACUGUCUACCUUGAAUGCCUGGAUGAUGGACAACAGCUACAACACAACAGAACUCUGGGAAGACAUUGAGGACAUCAUUAUAAAGGCCCUUAUCUCAGCCCACCCUGUUCUGAAGCACAACUACCGCACCUGCUUCCCCAACCACAUCACUGGCUGUGCCUGCUUUGAGAUUCUGGGCUUUGACAUCUUGCUAGACAGAAAGCUGAAACCCUGGCUGCUGGAGGUGAAUCACUCGCCCAGUUUCACCACGGACUCGCGCUUGGACCGAGAGGUGAAGGACGCUUUGCUCUGUGACGCCAUCAAGCUGAUAAACCUGCGAGCCUGUGACAAGAGGAAGGUGCUGGAAGAGGACAAGCGACGGGUGAAGGAGCGACUCUUCCAGGCCCACCAGCCACCUCGUGAAGCCAGACGUGAGCAGUUAGAGAGCAGCCAGGCGGCCUGGCUGGCCCAAGCGGAGAAGUAUGAGAACACGCACCUGGGAGGGUACCGGCGCAUUUACCCCACGCGCGAGACAGACAAGUAUGAGCCAUUCUUCAAGCACAGUGGCUCCCUCUUCCAGGAGACGGUGGCUUCCAAGGCAAGAGAGGAGUGUGCCAGGCAGCAGCUGGAGGAAAUUCGCUUGAAGCAAGAGCAACGAGAGGCUUCUACUGGGAAGAAGAAAAAGGAGCGAAAGGAGAACCUGCAGGGAGAGUCAGCUGGGGAGAAAUCCCGGAUCCGCAGCAAGGCCAAGGCUCCUCCUACUCGCCUCACCUACAACAGCGCCAGGACCUGCGACAGGAAGAUGCAGCAGAUGGUGUUUGACUCCAUGCGGCCCCAGGAGAUAGUGGAAGAUGAGGAAGUAGAGAGGAUCAAGGCUCUUCUGCAGCGCGAAAACCUCAUACGGGGUCUGGGCAUCGUGGAUCAGCUCUCUCGGCUGCUCCACACAACUGAGCCUAGGCCUGUGGAUGUCCACAGGCCCCACAUCAAUAUCUCCGAGAGCCAGCCGCGAUUCCUUCAGGACGUGUUUGGGAACCAGGAGACACAGAGUUUAAUGACCCUCGUCCCCCUCUCGCUCCUGGGAGGCACAGUCCGGGAGUUAGGACAGCAGAUCAUGCAGCAGCCUGCGGCCAGGGCCCGGAUGCUGGGCAACCAGGGCUUCAUUCCUACCCUCCUGGGUACCCUGUCAGGCAUGGGCCAGAGCAUCCCCUACCGUGCACAGUAUAAGCCACAGCAUGGCCUGCAGCCGCAGAAGAACAUGAGCUGGUUAGGAAGCCACACUCUGGGGACACCGAUGGUCAACGAGCCCUGUGCUGUGGCAAAGAUACUGAAUGUGGGAGGCCGGAGAUUCUCCAGCGCCAGAAACAAGGUCGAAAGCCAUGCCCAUGCCCUCAGGCAGCCCCUCCACGUGGCCAGUGGUUACGCCGACUCUCUGAGCUACCUGGCUCAUGCUCGCAAGGCUCCAAAUCACACGUAUAGUGACUAUACCUUCCCCUCAGUGACAGACUCCCUCAACCGUGCUGCAGUCCAUGAGCUAGCCAUCAACUCUGCCUCUGCUCCCAUCAUCCAGCGCUCAGACACCUCACACCGCGCCAAUGCCAUGUCCAUUCUCAACUUCAACCACCACAGGAAAUGGACCUGAACCUUGGCCAAACAGUCUCUGGGGAAGAAAGGGACCAACGGCCUUGGGAAUCCUGCAGCCAAAGGUGAUGGCUGUGCCAAAAGACUUGCUUUCUUCUGCAUGGAAGGGAGAAAAACCUCCAAGGGGCCAGGCAGAUGAGGGGGAGACAAGGGAGACAGUGACCCCAGGCCUGCUGUGGUGACCUGGCGGCUAGUGAUGAGGACACCGGUGUCUGCUGCAGAUGAGGAGCCCUCUCAGUGAGGGCUGAGCACUUCAGACACCAUUUAGUGAGCGCUCUAGAGUCACGUCUCCAUUGGACAGAGCUGUUUUCCAACAAUGCUGUGCAAGUGAUUUUGUUAAUAGUAUUCGGCACCAUCCUCUCCAGCUGACUUUGUCCUGUAGCUGGGAUCCCCAGCCUGUAACUGCAGCCUCUCCCCCACACCUACUGAUCAGCACUGCAACAGGAGGGCAGGGCUUGUUUCCUUCAGGGCUGCAAGAGUUUGUUCUUUUGUAUCUGUCUUAGUAAAGUUUUAUACAGUUUUA